GGUAGAGAGGAGGCUGAGCUUGGCGAUUAGCGUCUGGUGUGUGCUCAGCCUGGACUGCGGUUGGGUCGAGCUCCAGAAUGAGAACUGCGUAACCAGUGGGAUACAUUUCACAAGUUCCAUAUAGAAUAUGAAGAGGAGGCAAGUAACAACAGAAGCUGUUAUUGGAAGGACAAGUGUGUUUUCCACCUUUUUGCUGAUGAGGAAGCCUGCUGCUAUCAGAGCAUAUCUAGAAAUCCCAGAACAGUUUGCACCAUUAAGGAUUCCUGUAUGUGUUAUAUUGGAGCCGCCGAAGGUGUUUUCCGAGCAAACACCUUUCAUCAAAGUAUAUUUAAUUCAAGGUUCUUACGAUCUACUCUGCCUUAGAAAAUUGCAAUUCUUUUUAGUGUACAUUUCUGGUACCCAGCUUUUCGCAAAACCUAACAUGAUUAAAGAAGGUGUGAAAACCACCACGUUUUGAUCUGAAGCCCAUCAAGAGAAGUUCUGUUUUCCUAAAUAAAAAUAAAAUAAGACAAGCGUUGGGGAUAUGAGCCAUGAGACUGAGGAUCAGUUGCCUCUCGAAAUCCAGAAUAUGGUUGUGUUUGGGAUUCCAAGUGGAGAACUGCACAGUGGUAUAAAAUAAUCACCAUUUGUCCUCCCAAAUCCUAAAUCAAAGAUGUAACUAUAUAAAAUAUGGUCCACACAAAAACGAGUUGAGAAGCAAAUGUUUUUCCACCUGCAAGACUCAUACCAUGGUGAAUAAGGAUUGUUGGAAAUCAGCAAGUGUAGAAAAUGUGUGCUAUAUCUCUCAACCAUGGGAAACAUGGUCUUUCUAGAAUUUAGAACAUUUGCUCAUUUGCCAAUUAUAUUGCGUCUUGCUAGUUCUGAGCUGGAUCUCCAAUUUAGACCUCAAAUAAAGUAUUUUUGAGUACGUUCAAGAUGAAUAUAAGUGGCCGGGAGAUGUUGGAAGGGGAGGUUAGUUCCCCUGGUAUCAAAAUGUUAAAUCUGAGCUGUAGUCACACAAAUGAGCUAGAGAAAUCCAAUGGACCUAAUAUUACCCACCUCAACGACGAGCAGUUUGUUCUACCCACUUUCUCCACAGCUGCUAAAGUGCGUGUCACCAUUACCUGUAUUCUUUUCAUUUCAUCUGCAUGCUUCAAUUUGGCCACUUUGUGGAACAUCACCCACAAGUACCGGAAAAGAUCCCAUAUCCGCAUUCUCAUUAUCAACCUAGCCACGGCAGACCUGCUCGUCACCUUUAUUGUGAUGCCAUUGGACGCAGUGUGGAAUGUGACUGUCCAGUGGUACGCUGGAGAUGUGGCCUGCAGGAUCCUCAUGUUCCUCAAGCUAGUGGCCAUGUACUCCUCUGCGUUUGUCACCGUGGUGAUCAGCCUGGACCGACAGUCCGCCAUUUUGAACCCACUGGGGAUUAGCGACGCAAAGAAAAAAAACAAAGCAAUGCUUCUGGGGGCAUGGAUCUUGAGCUUUUUACUGGCUAUACCCCAGCUCUUUGUAUUCCACAUGGUCAGCAGAACACAUCCUGUCCACUUCAUACAGUGUGCCACAGUGGGCAGCUUUCAAGCCCACUGGCAAGAAACCAUCUACAACAUGUUUACCUUCUUCUGCCUCUUCCUGCUGCCGCUGUUGAUCAUGGUCUACUGCUACUCCAGAAUCCUGAUCGAAAUUUCCCAGAAAAUGAAGAAGUCUUGUGUCUCUUCCAGGGAAUUUCACCUCCGCCGCUCCUAUAACAACAUACCUCGGGCACGAAUGAGGACGUUGAAGAUGUCUUUGGUUAUCGUUUUGACUUUCAUUGUAUGUUGGACUCCUUACUACCUCCUCGGGAUCUGGUAUUGGUUUUCUCCGGAGAUGUUAACUCGGGAAAAAGUUCCUCCAUCCCUCAGUCACAUUCUAUUCCUCUUUGGCCUCUUUAAUGCUUGCCUAGACCCCAUUAUCUAUGGUCUUUUCACCAUCCACUUCCGUCGUGAGAUCAGGCGGGUUUGUCGAUGUACCACUCAGGGAAAGGACAACGACACUGCUUCUUUGGGUACAGGAUCAUUCAGGAUCUCAACCACAGCUGUUCCACUGAAGCGGAAUACUGGAAAGAUGGGAGACUCUGGAAAAUUUGAAUUGGAGGUCACUGGAUUUGGUAGGAAAUGUGAAAAGUGUCGCAGAAAAACGAGAGAAAGUUUUAUGUGAUAUUCAUAGCAAAGGCUAAUUUGAACAAAGAUGAACUUGAUGCUGCUCUGAUGAUUUACACGUCAUAUUGUGCAUUCCACUGCCAGAUGUAGAUCUUCACAAAAAAUAUAAAACAAAUACAAAAUAGCUAAUAAACUAGGGACAAUUUAUCGAUUCUUCUGAUAAGAAGACAUUUUGCACAGAAUAUUUCUGAAUCAAUUCAAUGAGAAUGUUAUCACCUGAUGGAAAAUAGUCCCAUCUGCCUUAGUUCUCUUUCAAACUGUAAAGGAUGUGUAACUAUGUCAUUAAA